AACCCCUGCUAGCCUCUCUUUUGAUCUGCAAACCAAACAGUUAACAAUGGAGUCGGGAACGGGAAAACAAGAACGGAGAAACGCGGCGGACACCCACAAGAUGAGUCCGGAGGAAGUGAAGAGGGCCGGAGUGGAAGAGUCGAAGCGGCCGCCCGGCCACAACCCCGGCACCGUUCUCCACCAGAGACGCCAGCUUCCCUUCAGCCUCACCACCAUCGCCAUCGCCGGCGUCGCCAUCUCCGGUGCCGUUUGGUACUUCACUUUGUAUGCCAAGAAAAAGCCGGAAGCUAGCGCCGCCGAUGUUGCCAAAGUCGCCGCCGGAGGCGGUGGACCGGAAAGUACUCACCCCCGGAAGUAGUUUUGUUCCAUUGUUACAUACAGUAGCGAUGGCUAGUUCGUUAUCUUCCAUUUUGUUUCAAUCGUUAUUGCUUAUCAAUACUAUAACACAUCAACAAAGUUUAGAAGGACUGGAAUUAUGGUUUUAAUUGAGCCCAGAAAUAACAGGCUCUCUGCAUCCGGUUGU